AGCCUGUAGCUUGUCAAGACGGUUGCUCUAAAAAUAGCUUGUGAGAAGAGUUUGCAGUCUGGUUUAGUUUCAGAUACUAGCUGAGCUAGCUUUAUUAAACUUUUUUUUUGCCACCCUCUCAAGACUAGAACGAGGGUAACUUGUUCCUUGUUUCGCCUUGGAUGUUGAUUUUUGGACUCAAGUAUAUUUAUUUUAUCCAUGGAUAAAGGAUACUAAUGCAAUGGCUGAAGAUUCAGAGACAAAACAUGGAGGAAACAAGAAUGGGAAGAAAGAAGGCCUCUCUGGAAGCUCAUUUUUCACCUGGUUUAUGGUAAUAGCAUUGCUUGGAGUUUGGACAUCAGUAGCAGUUGUUUGGUUUGAACUUGUAGAUUAUGAAGAAGUUUUAGCCAAAGCAAAGGACUUCCGUUAUAACUUGUCAGAGGUACUUCAAGGCAAGCUUGGGAUAUAUGAUGCUGAUGGAGAUGGAGAUUUUGAUGUGGAAGAUGCCAAAGUUUUGUUAGGCUUGACCAAAGAUGGCAGUAAUGAAAAUAUUGAUUCCCUUGAGGAAGUCCUUAAUAUUUUAGCAGAGGAAAGCUCUGAUUGGUUUUAUGGCUUCCUCUCAUUUCUCUAUGAUGUAAUGACUCCUUUUGAAAUGCUAGAAGAAGAAGAGAGCGAAGCUGCUGAUGAUGUUGAUGGACUUAAAGAAAGAUCUGUCCCAGCACAGUCAACACCAGCAGAAUCUGAGGAGUCCAUUCAACCUGCCGAGCAGUCAUUCGUUACUUCAGAGCACAAGAAGGUUGAAGCAGAAUUAGAAGAGGAAAUCCAGUCCAUUCUUCAUGAAGCACUUCAUUCACAGCCUGGAGAAAGGCAUGAGGAAGGUACAGAGGAAGAAUUAAAUGAUGACCAACUGGAGAAGGAUGAAGUAUAUGAAGAAACUUUUGAAAUUCCUACAACAGAUGACCUUUAUGUAGCAUUAGAAGAUGAAAUGCCUGAAGCAUCUGAAAUACCCCCAGUUCAGGAAGAAACUGACAGUCACAAUCAGGUAGAAGAACACGGAGUACGUGAGCCUGAAGAAGUUGAUAUUCCCGAUCCAUAUGAACAUUUAAUGGAUGUAGAAGAGCUAGAAGUUUCAGAUGAAUUAGCACUGGAAGAUGCCCUUGAACAUCAUGAAGAAUCAAAAUAUGGAGAAGAGCCUGAGACUCAAGAUACAGUAUAUGCAGAACUGGAGAGUGGAAAAACAGAAGAAACUGCAGGUAAAGAGCCUAUAAAUGAACACUACUUUGAAGAAAGCAUACAAGAACCACCUGAGGAUGCUGAAAAGGAAGAUGAAAUUGCAGGAGUUCUUCCAGAACCAGUAAAUGAAGAUAGAGAGCCAGAUGAAACUCCUGAGGAUGUAGACAUUAAUAAAAAACCACCAGAGAAAGAAGAGCAUAUAGAAGAUAAUGUGGCAGAUGAAACUCAGGAAACAGAAGUUCGUGCUGAAGCAGAGAAUUACUCGAAUGAUGAUUCAGUAGGAAAAAAUAAAGAAACUGAAAAGGAACAAAAAGAAAAAGCUGUGAAGAAGAAACCCAAACUCUUUAACAAGUUUGAUAAGACUAUUAAAGCUGAACUGAAUGCUGCAGAAAAGCUACGUAAAAAGGGAAAAGUUGAAGAAGCUAUGAAGGACUUUGAAGUAUUAGUGAGCAAAUAUCCACAGAGUCCACGAGCAAGAUACGGGAAAGCACAGAGUGAGGAUGAUUUGGCUGAGAAAAUGAGAAGCAAUGAAAUACUGCAAAAAGCCAUCAACACCUACGGGGAGGUUGCUAGUCUGCCAGACGUCCCUGCUGAUCUGGUAAAAUUGAGCCUGAAACGAAAAGCAGACAGGCAGCAAUUUCUUGGUCACAUGAGAAGUUCUCUAGUUACUCUUCAGAAACUAAUUGAUCUAUUUCCCAGUGAUAUCUCAUUCAAGAAUGACCUUGGAGUGGGUUACCUCUUGAUAGGAGAUAACAGCAAUGCCAAGAAAGUUUAUGAGGAGGUUCUGAGUCUGGUUCCAAAUGAUGGCUUCGCCAAAGUACACUAUGGCUUCAUCCUCAAGGCAGAAAACAAAAUAGCAGAGAGCAUUCCAUAUUUGAAGGAAGGACUGGAGUCUGGUGACCCUGGCACUGAUGAUGGACGCUUUUAUUUUCAUUUAGGUGAUGCCCUGCAGAGAGUUGGAAACAAAGAGGCAUACAAAUGGUAUGAACUUGGGCACCAGAGAGGUCAUUUUGCAUCAGUCUGGCAGCGCUCUCUCUACAAUGUUAAUGGACUAAAAGCUCAGCCUUGGUGGACAGCAAAAGAAACUGGUUAUACUGAAUUGGUGAAGUCCCUAGAAAAGAACUGGAAGCUUGUUCGUGAUGAAGGGCUUGCGGUGAUGGAUAAAGGAAAAGGGCUCUUCUUACCUGAAGAUGAGAACCUGCGAGAAAAGGGAGAUUGGAGCCAGUUCACAUUGUGGCAGCAAGGAAGAAAAAAUGAAAAUGCGUGUAAAGGCGUUCCGAAAACAUGUGCUUUAUUGGAAAGAUUCCCUGAGGCUACAGGGUGCCGAAGAGGACAGAUCAAGUAUUCUGUCAUGCACCCAGGAACUCAUGUUUGGCCUCACACAGGUCCUACUAACUGUAGGCUAAGGAUGCAUUUGGGCUUGGUUAUACCAAAAGAAGGCUGCAGAAUUCGAUGCGCCAAAGAGAACAGAACCUGGGAAGAAGGGAAGGUUCUUAUCUUUGAUGAUUCUUUUGAGCAUGAAGUGUGGCAGGAUGCUGACCGUUAUCGGCUGAUAUUCAUUGUGGACGUGUGGCACCCUGAGUUAACACCUCAACAGAGACGCACCCUUCCUGCCAUUUAAGAGUAAAUUUCUGAUAUAAGAAAAAGAUGAGGUUUAAUUCAUUGGAGUUCGCGAAUAUAAAUAUACAACACUAACUUGGAUUGCCGUGUGGAACAGGUCAGCCUUCUAGGGGCUAGGAGAUGUGAAGAAAUUGUUCCACAUUUACUAUGGACUUAUCUCAAAACGUUCCAUUCUGUUUCACACUAACAUGGCACUGAUCUAAUGGAUUUGCUUAUACUCAGCCAAAGAGCUGAAAGGCCAGAUUUUUAUAAUGAGGAAUGUGCAAAUGUUUGUGACAUGUCUAUGUGAUAUGUACCAAUACUACAGACGUAUAUAUGCACAUAGCUAGUCAAUCAUCUUAUUGGCUAUGUUAAUGCACAAAUAUCUGAUUUGUACAUGCACUGUUACCUGGAAAUGAUGCGUAUACAAUAGAUGUGCAUAAACAUUUGCAAACAGCUAGUUUUGGAAAUCUGUCAUACAAUUUCUAAUCAUAAAUGUUUUAGGUAUGAAACAUUAUGCAUAUAGGAGCAACUGUAGAUAAUGUGAAUGGAUUGUUUUAUUUCGUAUUUUUCUACAUGAGUAAUUGUAUUUUUCUAUCAGAGCUGUACAUGGAUCACUUCCUUUUGUGAACCACUAAUUUUUUUAAAAAAAUGUGUACAAUAAAUGCACCUUCAGCUUUUAGCAGGAGGAGGAACUUUAUAGGAACAGAUCUUACUUUUGCGAAGUGUGGCAGCCUCUUCUUGCCAUCUGUAAAUGUAGGCUGUAAGAUGAGUUUGAAAACUGAUAUGCAAUCAGUUGUUUUCCUACAGUGAAAGAGUUCUUUAAAUCUCCUUCAGCUACAAGUUUCUCUUCAGUUCUAGGACCUGAUCCUGGGAAGUACUGAGCAUCUGUGAUAUCCAUUAACUUAAGUGGGCCUUGCAGGUGUUCAGGAGUUCAAAAUUUAGAAUUAUGUUAAUUGCUUUAUUCCCUAUCAUUUCAAGGCCCUUUGUGUCAUGCCAUCUUCUGUCCAAGAGUUGGACACAGCUCCAUCCAAGGUUAACUUCUAGAUUGACCUGAGUGGUCAUUCCUCAGAAUAAGAACCUAAGCAGAAGAGAGACAGAAUUCCCUCAGCUGGGAGCAAAGUUCUGAUUUGGAAUUCUGAUCCUUGCCUGGAAGCACUGACUUUUUGCUAGAAUGUGGAACCAGAUAAGAGGAGAUUUGAGCACAGUUUUCUUCAUUUUAUUAAUUUCCAUGUCAGCAAUUAGAGAGUUUAGAUUUUUGUUCGCUAUAUCCCCAGAGAAAAGAAUGGGCUGCUUACCCUCUCCCCAUCUUAGUCUUGGGAAGCAUUCAUAUUGCAGUAAAUUGUCAAAUGUCUUGUAUUACUAAGGUGCCUUAUGGUUGUAACUAAGCACCGUAUGCACAUACUCAGAUUUUGGAUAUUACUAGGUCAUAUAGUGCCAUAUAACACAUUGCAUGUAACUCUCUUUUUUGGAGGUGUGCACUUUUAUUUCCUUUUGGAUUAGCAAAAUGUAGUGGUCAUGCACUGAAGAAGACUUCAGUCUCCGCUAAGUAUGAUCCAGAAAAAAGCUCGAGUGUGCUUUCUAACCUAGAGACAACUGUGUAUCCACCUGAACAGAAAUUCACAACUCUCAGGUGAAUUAUCAGGAGGUUCUAAAACAAUUUUAUUCAUUUCACACUUUGAAACAUGUAAAAUGCUUAUUGAGGGUUUAGUAUACGGGCCAGAUCCGGACCACCAAGUUGCUAGAUCUGGCCCUUGGCCCAGCAGGAGUCUGUCAGUUUCCUGGCCUGCCCCGCCCCCACAUACUGCUCUGAGCAGUGGGCUGAGCACGCUGUGGGUCUGUGGGAGGGGGAUGAGAGGCUUUGUGAGCUGUCCCUGCCCAGCACAAUCUUGCUGCUCUCUUUGGUCAAAGCUGCCAGGCGGCACAUGAAGUACCCUUCCCCUGGGCUUGCAGCAUUCGGAGCAGCACAUGAUCUCCGCCGGUGGCUCUUCUGAGUGGUGUGCGGGGGGGGGAGCAGGCAGGGAACCUGCUGGGAUAUUGGCCAGGAGCCACUUAGGUAAGCGCCUCCUGGCUAGAGCCUGCCUCUGGCACUCCAACCCCUCUCUGCCCCUAAACCUCAGCCCCUCCCUACGUCCCUACCCUAUGUUACCCAAGCCCUCUGCACCCCCACUUCUGCACCCAUAGUCCUGCCCAGACCUGCACCCCAGUCACCUGCCCCUAGUCACAACCCAAAUCCCUGAACCACUGCUCUAGAUCACAGCCCCCCCUACAUCCCUUUUCCAGGUCACAACCUCCUCCCAGACCUUGUACCCCAAUCCUCUGCCCCUGGUCACAACCCAAACUCCUGCGCCCCUCCUGCACUCCUGUCCCAGAUCACAACCUCCUCCCAUACCCCGCCCCCUCCUAAUUCUCCUCCAGGUCAGAAUCCUCUCCUGCAUCCCAGACCCUGCACCCCAGUUCCCUGCCUCAGAUCACAAUCCACUCCUUCCCAGACC